AUGAUCCCUCUCUGGCCAUCCCAUUCACCCUCUCACCACCUCUUUAUGUUCCCUUACUUUACGAUCCUCCUCUGGCCAUCCCAUUUACCCUCUCACCGCCUCUUUGUCCCCUUACUUCAGGAUCCUCCUCUGGCCAUCCCAUUCACCCUCUCACCACCUCUUUAUGUUCCCUUACUUCACGAUCCCUCUCUGGCCAUCCCAUUCACCCUCUCACCACCUCUUUAUGUUCCCUUACUUCACGAUCCUCCUCUGGCCAUUCCAUUCACCCUCUCACCACCUCUUUAUGUUCCCUUACUUCACGAUCCCUCUCUGGCCAUCCCAUUCACCCUCUCACCACCUCUUUAUGUUCCCUUACUUCACGAUCCCUCUCUGGCCAUCCCAUUUACUCUUUCACCGCCCCUUAAUGUUCCCUUACUUCACGAUCCAUCUCUGGCCAUCCCAUUCACCCUCUCACCACCUCUUUAUGUUCCCUUACUUCACGAUCCUCCUCUGGCCAUUCCAUUCACCCUCUCACCACCUCUUUAUGUUCCCUUACUUUACGAUCCUCCUCUGGCCAUCCCAUUACCCUCUCACCACCUCUUUAUGUUCCCUUACUUCAUGAUCCCUCUCUGGCCAUCCCAUUCACCCUCUCACCACCUCUUUAUGUUCCCUUACUUUACGAUCCCCCUCUGGCCAUCCCAUUUACCCUCUCACCGCCUCUUUGUCCCCUUACUUCAGGAUCCUCCUCUGGCCAUCCCAUUCACCCUCUCACCACCUCUUUAUGUUCCCUUACUUCACGAUCCCUCUCUGGCCAUCCCAUUCACCCUCUCACCACCUCUUUAUGUUCCCUUACUUCACGAUCCUCCUCUGGCCAUUCCAUUCACCCUCUCACCACCUCUUUAUGUUCCCUUACUUCACGAUCCCUCUCUGGCCAUCCCAUUCACCCUCUCACCACCUCUUUAUGUUCCCUUACUUCACGAUCCCUCUCUGGCCAUCCCAUUUACUCUUUCACCGCCCCUUAAUGUUCCCUUACUUCACGAUCCAUCUCUGGCCAUCCCAUUCACCCUCUCACCGCCUCUUUAUGUUCCCUUACUUCACGAUCCCUCUCUGGCCAUCCCAUUCACCCUCUCACCGCCUCUUUAA